AUGAUAAUUCCGCCUCGUCUGCGUACGCGUGUGCUAGAGGAGCUUCAUUCGGGACACAUCGGUGUGGUGAAGAUGAAGGCACUCGCCAGAAGCUACGUGUGGUGGCCUGGCAUAGAUAAAGACAUUGAGACAAUGACAAAAAGUUGUAAUGGAUGCCAGAAUGUGAAACAUGCCCCACCAGCGGCUCAAAUACAUCAAUGGGAGUGGCCAUACCGACCUUGGAGUCGCUUACACAUAGAUUUCGCGGGACCAUUUCUCGGUUCAAUGUUCUUCGUAGUUGUAGACACCAACUCGAAAUGGCCAGAAGUUGUACAAAUGAACACGACUACGUCCGAGAAAACCAUUGAGGUUCUACGCACCAAAAUAGCAAGGAACGGAAUUCCUAGGCAAAUUGUUAGCGAUAAUGGCCCUCAGUUUGUUUCUGAGGAAUUUCGGAAUUUCGUCAAAUCCAAUGGAAUUCGGCAUUCAACAUCUGCGCCGUACCACCCCAGUACGAAUGGCCUCGCAGAAAGAUUUGUACAAUCUUUCAAAAUGGCCAUGCGAUCUAGCGCCAAGGACCAUGAGGCAACAACACCACCUACUUCAAGUGAUAGUAUGGUGCAAACUACAAGUGAUUCCAACGCCUGUCCGAGCUUACCUGAGAAAUCCACUGUGGACACCCCUAUCCGGCGUAAUCCGAAGAGACAUGCAGAAACUCCCAAACUGUUUGACAACUUUGUCAAGUUCUAG